CCGAACCGAACCGAACCGAACCGAGGCAGCAUCAGCGCCAGCACAUUGCCCGCUCCCGUAGCCUCCAUGGCAAGUUGCAGCCAGAAAAGGAUAAUACAAAUAACUGGAUUUAAAAAACAAGAGAAGAAGGCAUUGCUCAAAUGCCUGUCCAAGCUGAACUGUGUUUUUGUGGAGAGUAAGAAAUACAGAAAUUGUACACAUCUUAUAGCAAAAAAGCUGUGCAAGAGUGAAAAGGUCUUAGCUGCCUGCGCUGCUGGAAAGUGGGUACUAACUAAGGAGUACAUAAUUAAUAGUGCUGAAAGUGGCAGAUGGCUUGAUGAAACAACGUACGAAUGGGGAUAUGAAAUUGAAAGAGACACCCAUUAUUCACCUCAAAUGCAAUCUGCACCUAAAAGAUGGCGCGAAGAACUGACAAACUCUAGUGCUCCAGGGGCCUUCCACAGAUGGAAAGUUGUCCUCCUUGUUAAGAGAGGUGAUAAACGAAUGGCAUGUAUUGAAAGAGUUCUUAAAGCUGGAAAGGCAACCAUAUGUUCAUGUGAAAAUGCAGAGCACAAUAUAACUCAUGUAUUCAUCAGUGGUAAAAUUUCUCCUUUACAAAAUAAAAAGUAUCUCUCAGAAGCUCGAUGCUACCCUUUGCAAUAUAUAGGACAUUACCUUUUUCAAAAUGAAAUACAAAAUCCCAAAGAUACACAGAUGAACCGUUUCCUCGCUCCACAAGAAACAGACCAAGUCUUGCCUAAAAUGCAACUUGGUGAAAUGAAAAAUGUUAUUAUAAAACAUAUGUAUUUUACUGCGACUAUUAAGCACAGACUUAUGCAAACAAACCAGCUGAACAAAUGCAAUCCAGAGGUUAAAAGUACUGGCUGGUCCAGGGGCACUUGGUCUAUACUUCAAGGACUAGUGGAAGAGGACUUACUUCAGGAUGUAGUCACAGAACUUGCUGCCGGCCAAAUGUACAGUGCACCUCCUGUGCAACUUCUUCAUCCUCUUCUAAAAUAUGUCCUAUUGGGAAACACUGAUACAAUAUUUUUUGCCAAACUUUGUAAUGUUUUUUACCUUGCUCUUCAUUGUGAACCUCCCUGGAAGUCCCCAUCGAUGUUGAAGUAUUACUUAGAUCUCCUUCAGUGUCCUAUCUGUAAGAAAGGUACAUGGUCCUUGAUAGAGAUACUUGUAAGGUCUUGCCUUUAUUGUGAAACAGCUUGUCAUAUGGUCACAGUUUCAGGGACAGAAGAUGAACUGAGGAUAGUUCAUAAAACAUUAUUGAAGUUUUUCUUUGAUUUAGUAAAAGGUGAAGUAGAGUUUCUGACAAAAAGUUUGGUUGAAGGAACGAAUUCACAGCAUCAACAAGCCUUGCCACAGACAGUUCUUCUGAAGACAUUCUUGCUUGAAAGUGGAACCGCAGUGCUUUUUACCAAACACAUAAAUAUUCUAGCAGAUUGGGUCAUAUUUUCCCAUAGAGAAUUAAAUGGAAAAAAUGAUCCUUUCAGAAGUGAAGUUGCUGGUCUAUUAAAUGCAAUUCUUGGAACUGUAGUGGACUGUUGGAUCAUCUCAGGUUUGCUUAUGGACAGAAAUGUGUUUCAUCAAGUGCCUGAUUUGGCGCAUUACCUUGCCAUUUCAUCUGAUGAUUUUUCUGUAUGUCAAUUAAAAAUGUUUCUUUGUGCCAUACCAUCCGACUGGCUUCAACUGUUUGUUGCCGAAGCAAUUUUCAAGCAAAUGUGUUUACAUAGGAAUAUUACUGUUUCUACAGAACCUCUUUCUCUUCAGAAAAUAGUCUGUUCCUAUUCACCUGCUUUGCGAGAGAUAGGGAUGCGUGAGACAGAGGAACACAAAGCAAAGAAAAAGAAAAUAGGGCAACAGCCAUGCCCUGAGUCUCAAAGGACAUUACAGAUGCUAAAUGGCGAUAAGCAGAACCAAGUCAAAGUGCUGCCUGAUCUACCUGACUUAAUCUUUAAUAAACUUAGAGCAAAAACAGAAGUCCAGACUGCACAGACCAAAGGGAGUUCUUUUUUGGCUGAAGAGGUACACAAGAGAAAUAUUAAAGGAGAGACAGCCCUGCAUAAAGCUUGCAGAAAUAACAAAGUGGAGAGAUUGAUUCAGCUUCUCUCUUUGCCGGGAAUAGACAUUAAUGUUAAAGAUUAUGCUGGCUGGACGCCUUUGCAUGAAGCCUGUAACCAUGGUAGCACAGUGUGUGUCCGUGAAAUUCUGGAGCGUUGUCCAGAGGUAGACCUGCUCAGUCAAGUGGAUGGGGUGACUCCUUUGCAUGAUGCACUGUCAAAUGGACAUGUAGAAAUUGGCAAGCUGCUACUUCAGCAUGGGGGGCCAGUCCUUCUAGAGCAAAGGAACUCCCAUGAGAAACUGCCACUGGAUUAUGUUGAGUCAGUCACAGCAAAGGAAGAACUUCUGAAUAUUGUUUAUCCAGGAGAGAGCAUUGAAAACUUCUAUGAAUGCAGAGAACAAGAUUUUAGUAAUCAGAAGAAAGAACUGUGUUUGAUUUCAUUUAUUAAGAUGCUGAUUAAUUUUUGUUCUCUUUAUAAUUUGUCUACACCCCUGACUGUAACUCUGCGAGCAAUAGGUUGUUCAAAUAUACUUCCAGUAAUGGUUUGUGAUACUUCUAAGAUGAAAAAUGCAUUUUCUGGACAUUGGUUGGUAGAUAUGUAUUUUAAAGAGCUGGAAACUUUUGGAAAACUACCACAGCUUCUUCAAGAAAUAUCUGAAAGUAUGUUAUUCUUCCCUGGUGAACAGGCGAGGGCCUUAUUAGCAGUUCUGGAAACUAUGGUAGAAGCAUGUCAGUUCCUAAAUCCUUCUAGCAGUUAAAUUCCAAACAACCACAUUGGCUGAAUCUUGAGUGUUACUACCUUCUACUUGCCUGACAAAUCUGGAUGUGUGUGAUCUUAGAAAUGUGCUAUAUCAUUUACACUCUGUUAAACUGUCUUGCAAGUAUUUUUUUUUUAUGUGCCUUGUGCCAUAUUUCUCUUUGGUUUUCAGAGGCAGCGACCCUAAACUUAAACCAAGCAGUUGAUUUUUAUUUCA